AUGGAGGUGAUCAUACCUUCAUCACCAGGCGGAGGGAUGGGAUUUGACUUCAACGACGCCAGGCCGCUGCCUUUCCUCAGCGCGCCGGCCUCCCCGCGGCGGUUCGGCGACCUCACACUCAGCGCUCCGACCAGCCCGGGCCGGGUGGCGGAGUUCUACCGCAGCUUCGAGAACUUCUCCCUCAUGGGCGAGUACGUGGAGCAGAGCGACGACGGCGGCGUCCCCUUCCACUGGGAAGAGAAACCAGGGACGCCCAAAUCGCCUAAGAAGCUGCCUUCCUUCAACGACCAAGAUUUCGCUUUCGAUUUCAGCGCCGAUUCGGAGAUGUCGUCUCUCACCGCCGACGAGCUGUUUGAUGAUGGCAAGAUCCGGCCUUUGAAGCUCCCGCCGAGGAUGCAGGUGGAAGAGAUCAAAAGCCCCCUGGUUCAUUCCCCCAGGUCUCCCAGGUCGCCUAUCGAGCAGGGGAAGAGGAUCAUAAAGGGCGCAUUCUCCCCCAGGAAGAAGAAAGAUCAAGCUGCUCAAAUGGAGUUUGUUAAUUCGAGUAAUGAAAGGGGAAGAGGGAGGAAUCUGACCUCGAGUUCAAGCAGGAGAGGUGCCGCGAGAUCUUUGUCCCCUUACAGAGUUUCACAGUAUCCAUGGGAAGAAGAGGAGAGACAAUUUCAACAACAACAACAUCCACAGCCAGAGCCAGAGCACAAUCUACAGCCUGUUUCUUCUGCUGCUCCUGCUGCUGCAGCUCAGGGUACCGGAAAGAGUUCGUCGAGGAAGUGGAGACUGCGUGAUCUGCUCUUGUUCAGAAGCGCGUCGGAAGGGCGAGCUGCGGACAGGGAUCCUUACAGAAAGCACGCGGCUUUCGGGGGUUUGUUCAGGAGACACGACGAUGUGAAGAGCUGCAGCAUCAGGUCGUCGGACAGCAACGGCUCGAAUUCCGGGUCGAUGAGGAGGAAAGGACCUGUUUCGGCUCACGAGCUGCAUUACACCAAGAACAAAGCAGCAUCGGAGGAUAUGAAGAAGAGGACUUAUUUGCCAUACAAACAGGGGAUUCUCGGGAUGAGAUUAGCCUUCAGUCCUUCCCCUGCUCGAUAA